UUUGUGAUUGGAAGUGUCAUAGACGCUCUCUUCUCUCUCACACACACAGCACCAUUUUUAUAAACAGAGUUUUAGAGAGAGAGAGGGAGAGGGAGCAGAGAAAUUAAACCCGAAGGAUCUCUGCAGAUUAAUUUCCUUCGAUUUCUUAAACAGGAACGCAAAAGGGUCGUUUCGAUUCUUUGAAAUUGUGUCUUAAUUUUCUUUAAUCGGGCUUGGAUUUUGUGGGUUUUUAUGGAAUGUUCGUAUUCUUCAACGUAGAUCUCGGAAUUUAUCAUUACUUUGGAGGUUGGGGGUUUUCAGAUCUUCGAUUCGACUGCCGGAUUCCGAUCACUCAGCUCAAGAACUCAGAUUCAUUAUCAUCACUGAAACAGAAAUCUCGAUCGGAGGUGUUCUAAGCCGAGGCCAUUGCCUUGUGAUGAACACAUUGAUCCCAUUCAUAUGAAGUAGUGAUGCAUUUGUUCUAGAUGAAGACAGGUCACAAGUACCAAAUAGACAUGGGUGACAUGAAAGUUCUGCCCGGUCCACGACCUCGUACUACCAAGAGGCCGUUAUGGAUUAUUAUCUUGGUUUCUAUGGUCUGUGUGUUCCUAAUAUGUGCUUAUAUCUAUCCACCCAGUGGCACAGGGGCCUGUUACAUAUUUUCUGAUAAGGGAUGCAGGGUUAUUACUGACUGGCUCCCACCUUCACCUGCAAGGGAACUAAGUGAUGCUGAGAUUGCAUCACGUAUUGUUAUUAGAGAAAUUUUGAACACUCCAUUUGUUCCAUUGAAAACUCCUAAAAUUGCAUUCUUGUUCUUGACUCGUGGUUCCCUGCCUUUUGAGAAGCUAUGGGAUAAUUUUUUCAAGGGCCAUGAAGAGAAAUUCUCUAUUUAUAUCCAUGCAUCUAAGGAAAAGCCAGUGCACGUCAGCCGAUACUUCGCUGGUCGAGAAACUCAUAGCGAUGAGGUUAUAUGGGGUAAAAUUUCGAUGGUCGACGCAGAGAGAAGAUUGUUAGCAAACGCUCUUCACGAUCCCGAUAAUCAGCACUUCGUUUUACUUUCUGAUAGUUGUGUACCGUUGCAUAAUUUCGAUUAUAUCUAUCAGUAUUUGAUCAAUACCAAUCUCAGUUACGUGGACUGCUUUAAGGAUCCUGGUCCUCAUGGAAAUGGGAGAUAUUCAAAGCAUAUGUUACCUGAAAUUGAAAUGAAAGACUUCAGAAAGGGUGCUCAGUGGUUCUCGAUGAAGCGACAACACGCUUUGAUCGUCGUGGCGGAUAAUCUUUACUACUCGAAGUUUCGAGAUUAUUGUAAGCCAGGUUUGGAGGGACACAAUUGCAUUGCAGAUGAACAUUAUUUGCCCACCUUUUUCCAUAUGACGGAUCCUGAAGGGAUUGCAAACUGGUCAAUUACUCACGUUGAUUGGUCGGAAAGAAAGUGGCAUCCGAAGUCGUAUGGGGCUCAAGAUGUUACCUACGAACUUCUACAAAAUAUCACGUCGAUCGAUGUUAGUGUGCACGUUACGAGCGACGAAAGGAAGGAAGUACAAAGAUGGCCAUGCUUGUGGAACGGUGUACAGAGGCCAUGUUACUUAUUUGCAAGGAAGUUCUAUCCGGAGGCUCUAGAUAACCUUAUGAACCUCUUCUCCAACUACUCAUCGCUAUCAGCCUGAAAAUUUUGACAUGAUAUUAUUGUUUGAUCAUAUCAGAUGUUGCUUCGAACGCAUCCAUCCGUUCGUACGACGAAAGCUUAGAGAGUCAAGAAAACGCCCCGUUUUGAAUGCCGAAACAAAGCAGCCAUUGUUUGACGAUAGUGAAGAUAUAGGAG